CAUCUCUUUUAUAUUUGGGUGAAUAGUUUCGUUAGUACAAGGUGUUUGGCAUUAUAUCAUUUCCUUAACUAUUGUCCCAAGAAGUCUUGUUAUAACAAGAAAAUAAAUUACAGUUUCAAGAAAAACUUCUAGUUAUGGAAAACUGAGUUAGUUGAAAUUGAGUGAAUAUUUAAAGAAUAAUUGAACGGAACCUUGUUUUGAAUACAUUUUGUUCGCGGAAAAGAGAGUAAUAAGCCAAGAAUAAACCGAUAGAUAAAUUUUAGAAUUGUGAAAGUGUGAUAAGGAAUUGGUCUGGUAUAAUCAACCAAUGAAGUGAUGGCCUGUAAGCUGAUAGAAGUAUUAUAACUGUAAGUGAGCAUUUAAACAAUUAUAGAAGAAUUCAUUUCUAAUUUUUUUGAGCUACUUAUAAUUGUGUGACCUGUUAUUCACUUCAACGUCAAGUUUUUAAUAACAAGUUAUUUACCUCAACUCAAGUUUCUUUAUUCAAGUUUAAAUUUCUUCCUGUUAGUUUAGCGUAAUUAUCAAAGCAAUUUUAAAGAAGCCAUAGAUCACAAUGAUAUGUUAAAGUGUAUAAAAUGUUCAAAUAUCUCAAAAAUUUCUAGAUUUAUGUGAAAUAAUUAUUUUUCAUGUUUAUGGAGAGAUACAAGAAAAAAGGCUUUUUAUUAUUAGACCCAUAUUAUUAUUGUCAUAUUCCCAGGCGAUAGAAAACUGACUCAUUUUUACUACCUUGUAUUUCAUUCAGUAGGUUAAUAGCACACUUCUAAUAUAGAACGUAAACAUUUUUGGACUUGAGCUAAGUGAGCUAAGUCUAACCAGCUCUUGUACAACAAUAUUAAUUUUAAUAACCGAAUCAGCUCAAGAACGUAAUGUCAGUCUGAGCUAUUGGUGUUUACCUGUGAGAAGCUUCGUUGUUUUCCCAGAAACUACAACAUCAGCAGCCUAAAAGAAUAUACUCGCUAUAUAGUUAGUUUAUUUGUAAGUAGUGGUAAGCUUGAGACUUCAGUCUUACUUAUCCAAUCACAUCCUGUCAGUUGGCCAUGCAGUGAACUAACUGAAGUUAUUUUCUUCUCCUUUCGCCAAUGUUUUACAAAUUAAAGUUGGAGGCAACUUGCAGAACAACGUUUUUCUAUGAAAUAAUUUGUGAUAGCACUAUACACCAAGAUUUUGAGAGAGAGAGGAAUUGAAAUGAUGGAAUUGAUUUUUUAAGUACACAAAACUUUUUGGAAAGGAACGCUACUCAUAUUUCAAAACUAUGAUUACAUUGAAAUUGUAAUUAUAGAUAACAUGAAAUGUAAAUACUAAUACAAUUACGCCUGUCUGUGAUAUACUAAUAUAACAAAAGAGGCGUGUUUAAUAUUCUUGAAGUUGCUGAGAGAGACAUCAUUAAAGUUCGCGUUGCAGAGUUAUAAUCCUAAUGUUAAAGAAGUGUAACGUUGCUUACAGGAAAAUAAUGCCAUGUGGGUUGAUCAUUAAUGAAUGCAAUGAAAAUACGAGUAGUAUCUAAUAAAGGAGAAUGGUAUCUUGAUAAGAGAGAAAGGAUAGGAAUAAUAUAGCCAGUUUGUUAGAUGCUAUAAAUAACACUAUAAAAAUAAUUAAAAUUUCUUGCAAAGUGAUGUAAAAGGUGAUUAAGCAUGAAGGCAAAAAUAUUAUAUGGAAUCAAAACUAACCUGAAGUUAAUAUCACAAUAGCAGAAAAAAUUGCUCUAUAAAACCAGUCAGACACUAUAGUUAUUCUUACUGUUAUCAUUCAUCGGAACAACUAGUUAUUAUAAAUUUGUUUCACGAGGUGGAACCGUCGACGCACUGUUUUACUUGGAUAUUAUGAUAAGUUUCAGAAAGGCCGUAAGAAGAAAAUCGAAAAUUUUAGGAAUACAGAUCUAUUGCAGCGUGACAUCUCCUCGUAAUUUCUUAAAAAUUUUUAUUUUCAGAUUCCUCAACUCCUUCUCUUCUCAAACAUAUAUUCUGGUUAAAAUAGAAGACCUUUUAAGGUGGACAUUAUUUCAGAACCCUGUAUACAGUUUAUAAGUCCUUUUCAUUCUCUUUGCCGCGUUACCUUCCUUAUGUAAUUGGAAAGUACGUCCGGGCUAGCAAGCGAAAAUUCUGGAAUUUAGGUCCUGACGAGGGUAUUACUAAUUUUUCAUGUUUGUUGCUUCCACAAAAUCUGUUGCUCUUAAAAUUGCUAUCCAUCUUAAGAUAACUUUUGUUUUAAGCAGAAUAUAAAAUAAAGGAAAAGGCGAUAUAAAGGAAAGGGAAUUAAAGGAAAAGACGAUAUAACAAGUCUACAAAAAAGAGCUUUUUAAAGUACUUUCUAAAAAGAGAUGAGUGAAGAGGAAGUGGAAUAAAAACGAAGAAAAUACUUUGAAGGAGUACCACCCUUUAAAACUGCCUGUUACGGUAAACUGGGCUGCUUCCACAAUGGACCACCAUUUUACAAUCCUAGAAGUAAUAUACUUCCUCUAAAAUUACUUCCCCUUCCACCAGUGUUGUAUCUCACCAGGUACUAUUUCUACAGCAGACGGAACAUGAAUGAGCCUUUUCUGUUCACACCUUAUAAUUCAGAAGCACUUCUUAGUUCACCUUUCAACAGCAGUUUGCAGACUAGAAUCCUAAUAGCUGGAUUUUUAGAAGGCGACUAUUCGAUUAAUUGGCUGCAAGAACUCAAAGAUGCGUACCUUUCUUGGAUGGAUAAUAAUGUUAUCAUAGCAGAUUUCGGUCCAACUAUUCCUUACAGCCAGGCCUCUGUGAAUACACGAGGAGAAGGAGCACAAGUCUCUUUACUUUUAAGGUUUAUACAAAAAUCUUACAAAUACCCUGCGGAAAAGUUUCAUAUUGUUGGACACAGUUUAGGAGCCCAAAUAGCUGGUUAUAUUGGCCAAAGGAUACCUAGACUUGGACGAAUCACAGCUCUUGAUCCUGCUGGUCCCGGUUUUCUUGAUCUUCCCAGUGUUGCUGCCCUUGACCCUUCAGACGCACUCCUUGUUGAUGUAAUUCAUUCAAAUCCGGGAAGAAUAAUUAUCGAUGGUUUGGGAAAUCCAAAAGACGUAGGGCAUGUCAAUUUCUGGCCAGGCGGAGGUAGACCAAGGGGCUGCGCCCUCACUUUGCUAAGACAUAUUGUCACUGGUUCUCGUAUCUCAGACUUUGUACAUGACCUAUUCGGUUGCCAACAUAGAAGGUCUAUAGAGCUCAUGCUGUUUUCAUUUGGCCAGAAUGGAUGUCUGAUGGUCGGAGUGGAAUGUCUCAGUUAUGAAGCAUUUCUGAAAGGAGAAUGUAAUUGUGGAAAGAAUGGUGAGAGAUGUCGUUUCAUGGGCCAGUUCAGUACUCCAGCUCCACAAAAAUCAAGAUACUAUCUGCAGAUUGGAUAUGAAAGACCUUAUUAUUGUUUGUUUCAGUACCAAGUCAUUGUAUAUUUUGAGCUGGUUCCUGGACAGAUAACUUACGAAUCAGCAGAAGUAAAUCUGGACUUAACACUGAAAGGAGACAUCAACAUUCAAGAGAGCAGAAAGUUCUAUGUCAAUCUAAUCAAAACGAGGCAAUUCCAGAGCAUUCUUAUCACAUCUAAAGUACCCCUUGGAAAACCAAAAAGCGGCUUUGCUGCAUUUUAUCGCUCUGUCAAUCAGGCAGUCAAUAAGCAGAGUCCAGGUGCUGACUUCGGAGCUGUUAUAAGAGCUAUAGAGAUUAACUAUUUGUAUCCUUUGCCAAAGAAACAUAUAUCGACACUUCUGUGUAAGAAGGAAGAUUUACCUCAAACUGAGAAAAAAUUGACGACGUUUUCUGCUGAUGCAUGCAAUUAUCAUUUUAAACAAGAAUGGAAGAAUAGUACUUUAAAUUUUGCUACAUGGAAAGCUGCAGGUACACAGAAGAUAGCAGUUAAAUGAUAUUUGAUCACAUGAAGCAUUCCAAGAUAUUAUAAAGUUAUUUUUGAACCCUA